AUGGAGAUUCAGGAUCUUUCUAAGGCACAAGAGAUGGCCAAGAGAGACAACUGGAAUGAUAAUCUGCCGGUUCAUCUGAAGAGCGCCCAAGAUGAAUUUCCGGCGGAAGAGAAGUCCAGUGGAGAAGAAGAAGAUGAAGGAAAAGUUCUGAACCCCGGGAAAGUCGGAGAUGACUGGAACAAGCUCUGCCAGGAACACUCUGAGACUGAGGAGAUAUUAAAAAAUCGUCGACAGGAAAGAGAUCCUUAUAUAGAAUCCCGGUCUCUGGAUGAUGAAACCCAGAACGAGAGUGAAACAGAAGAGUCCUAUAUGACAGCAGGGGCAGUUCAUUUUGCAGGGGAGUCAGGAGAAUUGAAAGGGAGGGUUAAGGAAAUCCUCUCCCGUCGGAGAACAGACUUUAAGGACCUCAGUGACAGAAAGAUUGAAGUAGAUAUAUCCUUUCUCCAGAAUGUAACAUUUGAAGACAGAGUCAUGAGAAUCAUUGAGUCUACCAUUCAAAAAUACACCUCAGUUCCUGGUCACGUAGAAGUGAGGAGAGUCUCUGAAUCCGGUGUAUUUCAGUUCAAUGUCACCAAUAAUUAUCUCUCACCAUCAGCCGGAACGUCAACCUCAUCUGGAUCUGAGGGGAAACCGAGAUCUGUACGGGGCAGGUCUACUGGAAGAAAGGAGAUAUUAAUCUAUCAGGAGCUGAAUGAGGGUAUUUCCUUGGUUCCAAAGUUUGCGGGACUACCUAAAAGAAUCAUCAGAUACGGAUCCCACGGUUUGACUAAAGAGGGAAUCAGUCAGUUAAGAUAUGACUCCCCCUCGAAAUCUAUGAAUGAUAUUAUUCAGCAGGCCUUGAUACUGUCAGGAGAACUUAAAAAGGUUCUGAAUCUGUAUUGUCCCCCCUAA